GCCUACUGUUCUGUAAGUUUAGAUGACAAAAACUGUAAUGACAAAAGUCAAAACUGUCAAAAAUAUAUGAUGUGAUGCGAGAUGCGAAUUUGCGAGAAAUUAAUUCAGUUUAUUGCAGUUUGUGUUUGUUUAAAAGUCCAUUGAAUUUAAUUUGUUUUGUUUUGUGAAUAGGAAACCGUUUAACAUGAGUAAUAGCUAGUGAAAGCACUAGCAACCUUGAUAUGCGAUUUAUUUACUAAAAGAAAUGAAAAAUGAAUAACAGUUCCGAUUAUAUUUACUGGUCGGAGCUACAUUGCUCCAAAGAUGCUCUCACGGACAACUAUGGGUGGUUCAUGCAGUUCCUGUUGGCAGUUUUAGCGUUUACUUGCUUAAUAGGUAAAAGAUUUUGUGAGCCCCGGUAUGCAAGGAGGCCAUGGCUUAUAUGGUUUUACGAUACAUCAAAGCAAGGCUUGGGAGCAUUAAUCAUACAUGCAGCCAACGUAUGGCUGUCACCUCACCUCACUGGGAACCCAUGCACCUGGUACAUAGUGAACUUCAUGUUAGACUCGACGCUGGGCCUGCUAAUAAUAUGGGCUGGCAUCAGACUUGCUCAAUACUGUGCGAAAACUUAUGAUAUACCACUCAUCAAUUUUGGUGAAUAUGGUAAACCGCCGAUGUGCGCAGCAUGGAUAUGCCAAUGCAUAUUAUACGCGGCGCUCGCGACGUUUGCCAAGUCCGUCUUGGCGUUGGUGCUGCGCCUACCGCCGGUGGUCGCUGUCUUAUCCACGUUACGCCUGUCGCCUGUCUCCGACCCUCGCCUGGAACUGGCGGUGGUCAUGCUCAUCAUUCCCUUCUUUGUUAAUAUAUUAAUAUUUUGGGUGACCGACAACUUCCUCAUGUACCAUCCACGAGGUGUGAGCUCGAAAAUUAAGACCAAGGUUAGAUACCAAUCCAUCAAGAAGGAGAAAUCAGGUUCAGAAGAGGAACGCGACUCUGCAGACGAACGUCUUCUGGGAGCUAGUGUAUGACCUUACAGGAAGCCCAGUGUAUUUCGGGCUUAAUCUCGUAGCGUAGAUAGUUCACUGCUAACUUGCCAAGCAGAGGAAAAAUCGACAAAAUCGACUCGCCUCUCCGGUAUUUAGUCGGGCAGUAGUCAUGUUUACAAUCGAUUAACGAUCCCUAUUUGACUUUUGAUCAAAUAAUCGUUAAUCGAUUACGAAUUUUUCACUUCCAUUUACUCGAAUUGUAAUCGAUACAUGUAAAAUUGUAUGUUGUGUAUAUAUGUGUAAAUUAAAGUAUAUUAUAGGAAGGCAAGUUAUGUAGUGCUGUGCGAUUUGAAAUAGGAAUGUCUCGCCAUUUUGUGAUGUUUUGAUCUGUUCAUGUAACUUCAUCAUAAAUUGUAUUAUUUAUGUGUGUACCAUACAUAUCCACAUGAAGUAAGUAAGGCUCACGGCGAAGACAGACACAUUUUUUUAAACCGCGCAAUAAGGAGGUAUACAUGGUGUAAAUUAUAUUACUCUAACAUGGCAACUAUUAUUAAAAACUACUACUUUAGUCAUUUCGAAAUUACAUAAUUUUAUUAUAACAGUAUACUAUCCUUAAUUAUAUCGAAUCACAUUUAUUUUAGUUUUUAUAAUGCUGUAUUUAUAUUAGUACGAAAUGUAGGUAAAAAGAGAGUUUGUAUUGAUAUUUUUUUGCUUUUUUUGGAGGGCAAGACUUUAGUAUACUUAGACAAUUUUGCUAACAUAGUAUAUUUGCUAUGUAUAUAUGUAUGUAUAAUACGGCCAUAAAAUAUUGUUUUGUUGUAAUGUAAAGAGGUAUUUGUACCAUGUGAGAUAUAUUUUGUGCGUUUGGCUAAGUAUUGGUUCCACCAAAGAACGCGAAUGGAAUUGAAAUGUCGCUCAUCUUAUCUAACCUUAAAUAAAACUAUUUAGGUACAUGUACAAAUAACAUGCCAUUUUGCUUCAAACAAAUUUUAUAUUGAAUAUAAAAAAAAAAAUAUUUUUAUACAUUUUACUUUUGAAAAUAUGAUAAUUUUAAUGUUCCUACACGGUAUAGUACUUAGAUCCUCAUAGUAGUGCCAUGUAUUUUGAUUUUUUAUAUAUGUACACUAACAUCGAAUAAAGACUGAGAAAGUCGUGGGAAUCAUAUCUUCCUAUCAUAUUCCAAUUAAAUUCCACUUGUUAGAAUAGCUUUACACUUGUUUAUUAUUACAUCUACAUCACGACGUCAGUAUUGGCAUAAUAAUUCUAUGUACGAAAUCGUUUUGCAAUCAUUAUAUUUAAAGGAGAAAUAUUUCUCAUUGAAAAAAUAUUAUUAUAAUUUAAAUUGUUGAAAAUUAUGAAUAACAUCUGCAUACGAUUGAUCUGAUUCAACAAAACUAAAUGAUAUUACUUUAUUGAUGUGUGUUAAUAUUUUAUGGACACAAAUUAUCUAUGAUUGUGAUGUAAUGUAAAUAUCGAUAAUAAGGACAAGUUUUAUAAAAACUAUGAUGUAUAUAUUGAACCAUAUAACAUAUUUGUGCAUCUGUUCAUUGUUUGUGCGAAUAUAAUUCACCUUACGUGUU